AUGGUCAGGAAGGAGAAACUCUGUGAAUGGUUUAAAGCCUUGCCCGCUCACAAAAGGGUGGAUUAUUUGUGUGGUUUGUUGCAUAUGUGCCAUCCAUUAGAACUUCGUUUUACUGGAACCGUCCUAGAAGACUUGGCCAAGAAAGAUUUUCAUUACUUACGGGAGCAGGAGUUUAAAGCUAAUCAGCGAGCAGACUUGUCCAGCAAUAAUUCUAACAGUUUAAGUGAUCAGAAACUUCGGGCGAAGAUUAUCACGGCGCUGGCGUUGAUGAAUUCGACCAACUCGCCCUGUGCUGAAGUGAUAUUCGACAUUCUGCAGCAACAAUUCGACAAUAUGCUGGCGAUGUUGACUGACUCGGUUGUUGCUGCAGAUCUUAUCAUGAUUUUAACUAUGGCUGUUCAUCAUCCAGCAUUUACCUUUUAUCAGAAGAAUAGACUUGGGCAAAUUUUAGAAAGAAUGGAAGAACGUCUGCAAGAAUUAUAUGGGGUAAGGCACAAACCAGCCAACCAAAUCGAAACAAGCAGGAAUUGGAAGUCUGAUCCAUCUCUGACUGUCCCAGCUGAUCCAUCUAUGACUGUCCCAGCUGAUCCAUCUGUGACUGCCCCAGCUAAUCUUGCUGAGCCCAGUCCCACAAAGAAGGGAGGUGCCAAGUAUCGCAUACAUACAACUUGGUCAAAUGAUGAAGUCACUGAAGUCUUGUUAAAGUUUAAGCAGUUGCAGGAGUUGCAUCAUAAGAUACUCAACAGAUUCCCAGAGGAGAAGAGGACCCAUGCUUCAGUGCCCGUGUUCCCAGGUAUACAAGCCCACAACAACAUGGAGUCUCCGUCAGAGCAGAUCAACGCACUGAACACAUAUUUUAGUAAACUGGUAAAGGCCCCAGCACAUAUCCUUGACUGUGAUAUCCUGACUGGACCAUUGAGGAGUGGAACUCUAGUCUACCGGUCCAGGUCUGCCUCCAACCCAUUGAUCUCAACCACAGCCACUAUGUCAUCGUCGUCUCACACGCAGGCCGUGUUUGUUCAGACGAGCCCAUUGCGAGAGGGUGCCAGCCUGUUAGGAGAAGAUCGCAAGUAUGAGUUUGCACCCUACCACCAACCCAUAAUGAUGUCCUACCCCAGUGUGAUCCCUCACUCCCACUACUCGUCUGGAGCGUCACAGAACUCAUCAGCUGCCAACUCCCCUAUCAACUCCGGCACCUCGUCCCCGGCACCGGUGACCGGUAACCUUGGAAGUAAGAUCAGCUACACUUUCCCAGGGAGUGUGAAGGACAACAGUGGGGCUAUGUCUGAGGCCAGCCUGCUGCACCCAGUGCCCAAUGCUGACCAAGUCUCCCAGCUGCUGAGUCUGCUCAACAUGGAGGAGUACGUAGACAAUCUCAAGGAUUACCCGUUCCAGCAGCUGAUACACAUGAGCAAGGAGGAUCUUGCCAAGGCUGGUCUGUCUCCGGAAGCUCAGGCAAAACUCAAGUGUCAGUUGGACAAGAUACGACCAGAAAUCAAUGGAAUGGUGGAUGCAACCAGGUUCCCUUCAACUGAGCCAUCAUUUUACUCACCACUUUGCUAUCAUCAUCCGCCAUACACCCUGAUAGCCCCCCACUACCCGCAGCAUUUCAUCCAUCCAUUCACGGCCCAGGCAGGACAUAUUGCCCUGCUUCCCUCUCCUCAGCCACAUCUAGCAACAAACGAGAGCUCUCCAGCUAACUCGGACACGUCCAGCCCACCCGCCAGUCCGCAGCAGCCGCUGGCUGGACUGGUGCUAGAUCACCCGCUGGUGGGGGUUGGGUCGUCCUACCUGCUGUCACCACUGGCUUCUGCCACAGACGGGUCCGAGGUUAAGUCCAUGGGCAGGAGCACCAACUCAUACCAGCUGGUGGACAGUUCAGGUUCAGAGGAGGAGAAGAAGGCUACAGGCAACAACGAGUCAGGAGCUUUCAGAGGUAAAGGUCAUGCUAGACCUCAACAGUCGCGGUCACUGCCACUGAUAAAUCAAGGCCAGCUGCCUGUGACAACCAUGGAGGCAGCCCGGUUGACGGGGAUGCCCAUCUCCAUGUCAGCCCCUCACAGCCACCCAGCCAUAGCCAACCCUGAAACCAGGACUGCCAUGACGCCUCCUCUGCAGGCGGUCACAGCUCCACAUGUGGCUGCCAACUCUACCGCUACUCUUGUCAAUGGAUAUAUAUCUGACCCGCCUCCUGUUCUACCUCACGCAGCAUCCGGUGUUGUUCCCAGAGGACUCUUGAACUCUAGAACCUACAAAACUGCCCAGCCGGCUCACACUAGUCUGGGGGUGCACAAGAGUGUCAUGAACAUGCCGGCUCCUGAUCUGUCGCACCCGCUGUCGAACCUGGGCAAGAACUCGGCCAGCACUAACAGCUUGCCCCUCCUCCACAGCAAUCUGGGCCCACAGACUUACAGCAUGGGGCCUCCCCUGACUUCUGUGCCCCCCACACACCUCAUGGGGCCUGCCCUGACUUCUGUGCCCCCCACACACCUCCUGGGACUGAGCCCGGUCAACUUUUCUCCCAACAAUAUUCAGCUUGGUCAUCAAGCAUCACCGACCCAAGCACUGCUGCCUGAUGGCAACGGGGGAGCAUUUCCAUUAUUAAUGUAUCCACGGGGCAUUCUGACUACAGUUGCCAAUGCCACGCCCAUCAUGGCAACCACGCAGACCCACCACACUGGACCGCCAAUGAGUCAUUCCCCAUCUCCUGCUGCCACAGCCAUAGGUACUGAUCAGUUACCAGCAGCUCCUUACAUGGCAGACCCACUUGAUCCAAGCAGAUCUGAUAGUUCUAGCCACACUCCUCCGGUGCAGACCCCAGUCCAUCUUGGUGCUGUCCAGCCUCUAGCAAACACUGGUGGCACCAACUCAGGAACUCCUAGUCCACCCUUGGUUCCUCCCGCUUCUAAACCAGUAGGACCUGAAAACCAGCCAGGAGUGCGACCACAAGUCAUUGGGAUCAUCAGUGGAUUCAUGCCUCAAGUCCUCUACCCUCAACAGGGCCACCAACCUCCGCCGCAGUUCCCCAAUGGGAUCACAUCAGACUAUGGGAGUUGGCUGCGCUUUCCCGCCCAGAUUAAUUCCAACCAUUUCCCGUUUGUAUAUGGCAGUGUAAUUCCCCAUCAGAACCUGAGUGGCAGCUUCCACACAACCCCCAACUCUGGUGGGCAAGCAGCUUUAACAAACCAAAGUCAUGCAGCUGCAGCAGCCAGCACCAAGGGAAGGUGCUACAACUGUGGCCUGGCUGGCCACAAGUCGUCCGAAUGUCACGAGAACCGCAUGGAGAAUAUGACAAAUUCCUUUCACCUCUCAUACAAACCCAGUGACCCACCAGCAUGA